AAAUUGGAAAUGCUUAUGCAGUCUUGAGCAAUCCAGAAAAACGACGACAGUACGACUUGACUGGAAAUGAGGAACAAGUUCAAAACAUAAACAAUGGCAAUUUUGACUUCCAUAGAGGAUUUGAAGCAGACAUAACUCCUGAGGAUUUGUUUAAUAUGUUCUUUGGUGGAGGGUUCCCAACAGGUAGUGUGCAUUCAUAUGCCAAUGGCCAUACUAGGUUUAAUCAUUACCAGCAGCAGCAUCGCAGUGGCCAUGAGAGAGAAGAUGAAAGGGGAGAUGUAAGGCGGAUAUUUUCAAUGUUUAUCCAACUGAUGCCUAUAAUUGCAUUGAUCCUUUUAUCGUUACUUAGUCAAUUAAUGGUCUCCAAUCCACCAUAGUUAUAUCCUCGAUCUGGUACAGGUCAAACUAUUAAACGUUUUACAGAAAACCUUGGUGUUACCUAUUAUGUGAGCAAGGACUUUCAGUCUGAAUAUACGGGCUUGUUGCUACAAAAAUUAGAAAAGAACAUUGAAGAGGAUUAUGUAGCUAAUGUACGGAAUAACUGUUGGAGAGAGAGACAACAAA